UGCAAACCAAGUUUCAGACGUAAUGUGAAAGGUGUACGGCUGUUGACACUCCCUAUCUCCCGGGAUUGUGGGUUUUUUUUAUUAUUGAAAAGUUGCCUAGUAAACGUGGCAGCUGAAACGCCUGUCUCGGAUGUAAAAGAUGGCAGGCGUAAGAGCAAAGUCAAUCCGACAAACCGGGAGUCUGCUUCGAAGUCGCUCAGAAGGGACCCUCAUCGAUCUAGAUGACAAUGUAACCAUCAACAACAAUAGCUUACAAGGGAGUUACAUGUCAAAACAUUUGGAAUGGCCUGUUUUGCAGCCUGCCAUCCAAUCUCAAGGACAAACAACAAAUCCCUUCUGGAACAAACUGUCUCAGUCAAAUCCUUUCUUAGAUGACAUUGUACAUAGAAACACCACUGAAUUACAGGUGUCCAUACUGAAGGAGGAUCCAUCAGCCUUGUUUGGUAACAGUACUGAAGACUGUGAAAGUACAUCGUCAGAUGAAAACAAUUUUGGUCAUUUUCUGGGGCCUGAGAGGAAUAGCCUUAAUAGAUCUGGACGUUGGAGAAGUGCCUCAGACAUUCUUGAUAGUCUUGCAAAAAAAGAAUCCCAAAAGGAGAAGAGUGCUCAAGGACCAUUCUUGAAACCUGAUUUUGACUGGCUUAAAAAUGAUAUGGAGGCUUAUAAAAUGGCCUGGCUGAGUCACAGGCAAUUGACCAGGUCCUGUUUGAACCUCAGCCUGAUAAAGCAAAGUCCUGGUUGGGCUCAAACACAAGCCACAGACACACAGGUUUUUUGUAAAGUUGAUCACAAUGGAGGCUCAGUGCAGUUGCCAGACUCUCAUAUUAGUGCCCACAUUCCCAAAGGUCAUGUUGCUCCAGGGGAGAUCCAGGAAAUUGGACUCAAAGCUAGUCUUGAUCCUCCACGUGGAAUCAAUAAUAAUUAUGUUACAUCUGUGAGUCCUCUUUUGGAACUCAGUUUGAGCAAUCCUAAUACUAUGGAAGGCAUCUCACUUGAUAUUAAAAUGGCAGCGGAAGUGAAAAACGACCCUUUGAGUCAAGUCAUGACUACAUUUGUAGGUCUGGUGGCCCAUAGAAAAGAUGGACCUUAUGAAAAAGUUAAAGACUGUUACAUAUAUAAGGACAUGUUACAAAUGAAGAUCCAGGACCUAAAACCUCACAUGUUCAUCAUUGCUGCUGCAGAGGCCACAGUCAUCCAGCCACCAGCAGCCUCAGUGUGGGACUACUUAAACCGACAUUACACAGUCGCAGUAUAUGGUCCCAAGCAUAUUCAUCCAUCUUUUAAAGUUGUGCAAGUCAUCUCUUGCUAUAAUCUUGUUCCACCCAGACUUCCUUUCUCAGACAUCCAAAAAGGUAAAAGGAACUUGCCUCCUGUUGUGUUGCAACUGUGGGGAAAGCAUGAGUUUAAUCCACAAAGCCUAACUGAUUUGCACAUUACAACCAGUGUAAUGGAAUCAAAGUUUGAAGUGAAAAAUGAGGAUCAGAAAAAAGUGGUCAAAAUGGAGGUGCUCAAAGCAGGCAGAGUGAUCCACUUGCCAUUGGACCUAUCCAAGACAAGCAAUGGAGAUAUGGGUCCGUUUAAUCUCGCUAUCCAUGUGAAGGAUUCAAAUAGCCUCUUAUUAGCAGAGUUUAACAUUACUUCUCCUGAGGCUGCUCCUUUGAGGACAGAAAAGCAUGGAUUCAGAAAUGUGGAUCGUCAUAGGGAAGUGACCCGUACUCAAGCUAUUCCAGAAGAAUCUGUCCCAGAGUUUCCAAAGUUUCAGGAUAUGCCAGUAAAUAUACAGUGGUAUGGAAUUGCCUUGAAAUCUCUUCUAAGACAGCCAAGAGUUGAGUAUCUCCUAGAGUACUUCAAGGGUGACACAAUUGCUCUGCUUUCCAGAGAAACUGUUAAAUCUGUUGGACAGUCAAAAGUAAAAGAGUGGUAUAUUGGCUUCCUCAGGGGAAGUGUUGGUUUGGUACACUGUAAAAAUGUGAAGGUCAUAACAAAGGACCAAGUAAUUGACUAUUCUGGGGUUAGACUCACAACACAAACCUUGCUGGACAACAUGACUUUGCCCUUUAAAAAGCUCACCUACAUGUACUCUGCAAUUCAGACCUUAGUAACGGAUCACAUAAGCUCUUGGAGGACUUUUGCUGCAGCUCUGGGCUACACAAACCUUACUGUAGACGGUUUCUCUAGAAGGCGAGCUGAUACAGAAGCAGAGAAAGUAGCAUGUGUACUUGAGAAACUUAAGGAAGACUGCCACACAGACAAAACUAAAAGGAAAUUUCAACAUGAACUCAUAAUUGGCCUCUUUAAAAUGGAUGCUCAGGGCCUUGUAGCCCAUUUAAUUCAGAACACAGUUAUUCUGUCCACAGCAGUUGAGCUUGGUGUACGGUGGAGGGAACUGGCUGAGAAGAUUGGAAAACUUUCCAAUUCUCAGAUUGCUGGUUAUGAGGCACCACACAGAGGGAAAAAUGGAGAAGUCAGUGCCCAGUCAAUGUGGAAGCCUGCAUAUGAUUUCCUGUACUCGUGGAGUAUGCAGUAUGGUGAGGGCUAUAGGGACAUGAUUCAGGAUCUCCAUCUGGCCCUGGACAAGAUGAAGAGCCCAGUGACUAAACACUGGAGACAGAUUACUGGAGCUCUCAUUACAGUAAACUGCAUGGAGUUCUUAAGAGCCUCUGCCUUUCACACAGCAUAGUGAACAUCAAGCUGCAACCUUUUAGAAUGUUAGAAUGUCUUUUUUCUGUAGAUACAUCGUCUAAAUGCUUUCUUUGUAUAGUUUAUAAUUGAAAAUGUUAAAAUAUGAAUGUUUGUUGGACUUUGCUGGAAUGUCUUUUGUUUGUUUGUUUUUGUUUUGUUGUUUGUUCGACAUGUGAAGUUGUGUAGGACAACAAAAAGGUUUUUAACAAUACGUGUUUCUUCAUGUUAAUAUACUGUAUAGUUUAAUAUUAUGUUACAUUGUGUUUAUGUGCAUUUCAAUCUCCUAACAUUGAAGUAGCGAGAAUCUGGACACUUUCCUUACAUCAAGUCCAGCCUCUUAACACAAAGCCGGAAUACGUUUAUUCUGUUGCCUCUACAACUGAUUGCUUUAAAUGUGACUUUGAUUUAUGAUCUAAAUGAGGGGGAAGCCUUUGUGUUGUUAUAAGAUGUUUUGUAGAAUUACUGUAAAUAUUUUACCAAUGCACAAAAAAUAUUGUUAACUGUUACUAUUUUUAAUAUUUAAUCUGGAAACUAUUAUUGCUGAACUUAAUAAAACACAUUUUUUGGAUUAACA